GCCUUCUUCUCUCCUCACUCGAGCUCUGAAUCUGAUCGCGAGCCUCAGUAACUUUCUACAGCGAGAGGGAUGCAGCGCGCGCUUGGCGCAGCCUGAAAAAUGGCAACCCUUUGGAUUUAUCCGUCCCUUAUUUUCUUUCUUUUUCCGUCCCUCACACCGAGUCAAGCCUUACGGAGUUACCCAGAGAAUGAAGUUACGUUGUUGGACACCAUGUCCGCUCUGGGAGACCUUGGCUGGGAGGCUUACCCAGCAGAAGGGUGGGAGGAAAUCAGCGUGAUGGAUGAGAGGAACACCCCAAUGCGCUCCUACCAGGUGUGUAACGUGAUGGAGGCUAAUCAGAACAACUGGCUACGCACUCGCCACAUCCCGCGAGACGGAGCACAGCGAGUAUACAUCGAGAUUAAAUUCACCCUGCGUGACUGCAACAGCCUGCCCGGGGUCCCGGGAACCUGCAAAGAAACUUUUAACAUGUACUACUUCGAAUCCAACAACCCCAACUUGUGGUUCAUCAAGGAGAGCCAGUACACAAAGAUCGACACCAUCGCCGCCGACGAGAGCUUCACGCAGACCGACGUGGGCGAUCGUGUCAUGAAGCUCAACACGGAAGUUAGGGACAUCAAUAACUUGAGCAAGAAAGGUUUCUAUCUGGCUUUCCAAGACGUGGGAGCUUGCAUCGCUUUGGUGUCCCUCCGGGUCUUCUAUAAGAAGUGUCCUCUUGCCGUGCUGAAUUUGGCUCAGUUUCCCGACACGGUCACUGGGGGAGAUUCGGCUUUGGUGGAGGUGAGGGGAUCUUGCGUGAAUGAUUCGGAGGAGUUUGAAGCGCCGAGGAUGUACUGCAGCGGAGAUGGCGGAUGGCUAGUGCCCAUCGGACGCUGCGUCUGCAAGCCAGGCUUCGAGGAGAAUAAGGACUACUGUCAACCCUGCAGGCCAGGAACCUACAAGGCCACUUUGAUGGAAGCGUACUGCACCAAGUGUCCACCUCAUAGUUAUUCCCAUCAGGAGAAGGCCUCCGAGUGCUCCUGCGAGAAGGGAUUUUACAGAGCUGACAUGGACCCACGGUCAAUGGCCUGCACUAGGCCUCCAUCAGCACCCGAGAACCCCAUCUCCACCCUCAAUGACACCUCUGUGACCUUUGAAUGGAGUCCUCCGAGAGACACCGGCGGGCGAGGGGAUGUCACCUACAGCAUCCAUUGCAAGAAGUGCACUGGCGAUGGCAAGACAUGUAACCCCUGUAGCAGCAGCGUCCAUUUCGUACCCAGACAGUUCGGUCUCUCGAUUCCUAAAGUGCAGAUCACAGACCUGCUAUCCAACACCAACUACACUUUCAGCAUAGAGGCGGUUAACGGAGUGUCCGAUCUGAGUCCAACCCCAAAACAGCAAGUUACCAUCAACAUCACCACCAGUCAGACAGUGAAUGUAGUCCUGAAGGAGAGAAAAAGUAAAGACAGUAUCACACUGGCGUGGCAGGGACCCGACAGACCCAAUGGAGUCAUAGUGGAGUAUGAGGUCAUCUACUUUGAGAAGAACCAAAAAAAUCAGAACUAUACGGUUCUGAAGACCAAAGCCCACAUGAUGACGGUCGAGGGACUAAAGCCGGGCACCACGUACGUGUUCAGAGUGAGGGCACGCACCGAAGGAGGCUACGGCAACUACGGUGGAGAGAUUGAGCUGGAGACCAGUCAUGAAGAUAUUCUGGCUAUUGGAGACCCUAACCAGUCCACCAUCCUUGCAGUAUCCAUAGCGGGUGGCAUUGUGCUUCUUAUCUUCCUGGUGGCAUGUUUUGUAGUCAGCGGAAGGCAUUGUGGCUACAUCAAAGCAAAGCAAGAUCCAGAUGAAGAAAAAAUGCAGUUUCAGAACGGCAGAGUCAAGCUGCCGGGGAGCAGGACGUACAUUCAUCCCCACACUUACGAGGACCCGAAUCAAGCCGUCCGGGAUUUUGCCAAGGAAAUCGAUGCAUCGAAUAUACGUAUAGAAAGAGUUAUAGGAGCAGGUGAGUUUGGCGAGGUUUGCAGCGGUCGUUUGAAACUCCCGAGCAAGAGAGAGAUCUACGUGGCCAUCAAAAGCCUGAAGGCCGGCUACUCUGAGAAACAGAGGCGGGACUUCCUAAGUGAGGCCAGCAUCAUGGGCCAGUUCGACCAUCCCAACAUCAUCAGACUGGAGGGAGUCGUCACCAGAUGCAAGCCGGUGAUGAUUAUUACAGAGUAUAUGGAGAACGGAUCCUUGGAUACUUUCCUAAAGAAACACGAUGGGCAAUUCACGAUCAUUCAGCUGGUAGGAAUGAUGCGUGGUAUCGCAUCAGGCAUGAAGUAUUUGUCUGACAUGAGCUACGUCCACCGUGACCUGGCGGCACGCAACAUCCUGGUCAACAGCAACCUGGUGUGUAAGGUGUCAGACUUUGGCCUGUCGCGAGUGUUAGAGGACGACCCUGAAGCUGCUUAUACCACACGGGGUGGAAAAAUUCCUAUUCGAUGGACCUCCCCAGAGGCUAUAGCAUACAGAAAGUUCACUUCAGCAAGUGACGUUUGGAGUUACGGCAUUGUCAUGUGGGAGGUUAUCUCAUACGGAGAGCGGCCUUACUGGGAGAUGUCUAAUCAAGACGUGAUAAAGGCUAUAGAUGAGGGCUACCGGCUGCCCGCUCCGAUGGACUGCCCGGUGGUUCUUCACCAGCUCAUGCUGGACUGCUGGGAGAAGAGCAGAAGCGAACGGCCCAAAUUCGGGCAGAUCGUCAACACUCUUGACAAACUGAUCCGUAACCCCAAUAGCCUGAAAGAGCUGGCCAACAGCUCAGUCUGGGAAGACCCCACCACCCCAGAAUUCAGUGUGACUACAGUGGAUGAAUGGCUAGACGCCAUUAAUAUGGGCCAGUACAAGGACAACUUUGCCACCACGGGCUACGUUUCCUUAGACUCUAUACUGUACAUCAGCGUAAGUGAGUUAAGCAAGAUGGGCGUGACUCUAGUCGGGCACCAGAAGAAGAUUCUCUCCAGCGCCCAGAGUUUGCAUGCGCAAGGGACCCACGUGCAGGUAUAACAAGCCUUCUCCUCGCCUGGGAGUGCAGAGACUGAGCGAGUAAACAACUGCUCCUGGAACAGUCCUUAUCAGCCGCUUCACCAUACAGAUCCCACCCUGGAUGUUUUCACACACGAACCCUUGUCAGCACUUCGGCUUUCGUCCAUGCACGCUCUCAGCAGGAUCUACAAUAGCUUGCCAAGGCCAAGCCAUUUCAAAUACCAAGUACAGUUAAUGGAAAAAAAUAUAUAAGUGCAACAAGAACAAAAGAGAAACAAUAAAACAUUAGGAGAAUUUUACGGCGUGUUAGUGCGGUGUACAGUCAUUUUAUAGUUUGAACAUUUGCAGUCCACGUGUCAUAUUUUGCAUAUUAGGGGUCGGGCUGUUAUUCAUGAUACUGUAUGUACAGGAGGGAUGUUAUGAACAUUAGAACCAUGUGAGCUUCCUUAAAUAUCAUCUGUAAUCCACAGUAAAAUAACAGAUGUUUAUAGUAUAUUUAUUUUGUCAUAAUUGAGGCAGUGUGUUGAGGUUUCUCAUCAUGGUGAUGUCCAGUCCAAAAUGCAACGGGAGUCCGCGUUCCACCAGCAGAGAUAAAGCCAACAGAGACGUCUGGAGACAUUUGCAGCUUCUUUCUGUCUGUGACUACGAAAGAGACGUCCGAGGCAAAGCCUGUGGACAGCUGCGUAGGCGAGCGAGGGAUGACAAGAUAAGAGCUUUUGAAUUCUAUUUAGCUGCUCUUUACUCGUCGUAGCGUUCGUUGUGUGUCGCUCUGCGAGAUCAGACAUCGAGACAGAUUUAAAUUCGAAGCGGUUUGACUUCUCAAACGCACUUAUAGAUAUGUCCACAAAAACGAAUAAAGAGAGACAUUUAAUUUUAAUCCGUUCACUGAACAGCAGACACCAGAUGUAUUCAUGCCAAAUCUUGUAUCACUGCAGUCCAGGACUGAAAUAUAACUUCACUGAUUUGAAAAGUCGUUUCGAAGCGGUCGAGAUGUUCAUCAUGCACCACGUUCACAUCGUCCUUACGUUUACACGUGUGUAACUAUAGUGCGUGACAACCACAACAUGAAAGUAUGCUAUUGUACCAUAGUGUAUAAAAUGUACAGCGUUGAUUUAAAAAAGACAACAAAAACGAAAAACAAAAACACUAGAAUGUUUGUAAUUACGUAAUUUUAUUUAGUAUAAAGAUGAAAAGCAGACGGUUGGGUGCUUUCACCGUCGUUUGCCGAUGUGCGGUUAUAACUGAUCGUUGGAAUGUAGCAUGGAUCUUAAACUUCAUCUUUGAUUGACAGGUGGCAGUGACUGCAUUCGUUUGAUUCAAGUGGUGCCGUUAGCUGCUUGACUUUAGAUGCCUUAUUAACUGUGCAGUUCUCUCUCUUUUUUCUCGUCCCCUUAGAAACAAUAUCAUCAUGAAGUAUUAUGUAUAUAGUAUUUAUCAUUACGUCACUGAGAGCUCUAUUAAAACCCAGCUCAGAAUGUUUAUCACCGUUUUAGUUCGAUGCACGCCGCUCUAACAGAAAUGGAUGAGCCGGUGCACGUGGUAUAGAGACACAGGUUCAUGAAUCUAUUGGGCUGAACCUUUUUUCUCAUACUUUACCGAGACUGAUUUGCUGCACUGUAUAUUUUUGUACUAGUGAGGUUGUUCUGUAAAGUAGAGGUCUACCUGUUUUAUUUAAAUAUAUAUGAGACAUAAAAACAGGAAAUGUUGGUAUUGAGAGAUAAAUACAAGCUGUUCAUCGUUCAAACCAUGAAACCCUUAUGUCUUUCAAAUGUUUAUUUUUGUUUUUAUAUCAUGAUUUUGUUUUUAUGAUGUUUUGCACUACAUGAAUAAAUCGCUAGGCCCACUCGGAAUCUGCCCAUUUUUUCACCUUUUCUGUGUUUAUGGCAUAAAAAAAUUUUUUUUUUUUUCAGAAUACAUGGUGUAAUACAAACAAAUUGUAUUAAAACAGCAAAGAGUGAUACUCUUAUUGUUAGAUGAAAUUAAUUUAUUUGAAAUGCUUCAUGUAAUUUUUGGAAAUCUUUCCUGGCAGAUUUCGUAUGGGUUUACCUUACUUCAGUGCACGCAACUGCAGUCCCUUCUCUCAAUGUGUGUUACUUUUUAUGCCCUUAAGGAAAAUCAUCAAAAUCAACAAGAUUUUGUCACUCAAUCAUGUCCAUAAAUCAUUUGUUCUCAAACUAGGGGUGGGGUGGGUCCCCCUUGGCCCCCCUUUUUAUAAAAUACAUCAGUUUAUAAAAUUCUGUGUACUAAAACUUCAAAAAAAGGAAGGUACGAACCAACCAACAGCACUGCAUUGUAUAAUUUAUUGUUUUGUUUAAUUUAAAUUCUAAGUUUGAGAUUGUUUUAUGUCAUGAAUUUUCUUUGUUGGAGGGCGUGAAGGGAUGCACCCUACACAAGGGGGGGACGCACUCUGAAAAGUUUGAGAACCACUUCCAUUAAUUAACAUUUUGCAAAACUGUUACCUCAUAAACUGAGACAUGGGUCAUACAAAAACCAUAAUAGUAAAUGCUACCGCAGUUUCACUUUAAUUCAUUCAUAUUUUACUAAAACUACUACAACUAUACAUGUACAUAAGUUUAUGGUUCUGUUCUGAGAUUGGCUAAUGCUGUAUAAUCAUUUGGCAACAUUUUCUGUAUAAAAAAGACGAAAAUCCAUUCAAAAAUGCAAUAAAAACCAUGAUGUUUACCAUUAAAUACAAACAAAAAGCAGCAAUCUUUACUACUGCACCCAUGUCAAAUUUCCAAAUCAAGCUAAUUGAAGAAAUCAAUCUAUACACACAGUAUAUUCAUACCAAAUUUAACUAAGCAGAUGGUUGUGUGACUAAACAGUGUAAGUGGCAGAAUGCAGUGUGUUGUUAAUAUGAUAGAAGUGAUAGAUGGAGUUGUCUUUUUCUGCCCUGGCUCUGUACUUGUGUUUGGACCGAUCCUUUGUGAGAUCUCUGUUCUUUUGUAAGCUACGUACCCAUCUCUCUUCACACUGCAGGUUUCUAUGAGCUCGCAAAAAAGGAUGUAUGCAUUCAUGUCGCUGUAAUAAAUGCUAAUAUUUUUAAUUUCUCACCUGAA